AUCUAUUUCAUCUACUCUUUAAUUCGUUAUUCAAUUAACAACAACACAUAAUAAUAAUCAUCAUCAUCAUGAAGUUCUCAAUCUUUGCUUCUGUUUCUAUCCUUGCCGCCGUAGCCCACGCAAAAGUCAGAAUCAUUAGCCCUGAUGCCGACACCGUCUGGAAAGCAGGAGAGUCUGCCACAAUCAAAUGGAAGUCUGAUGGCAAGGACAGCAGUCUCACAUGCGAUAUCCAGUUGCUCAAUGGCGAUCCCAAAGAUGCCGAUAUUAUCGGAACCCUGACCAAAGACGGUGCGCCAAAGUGCUCCGAAAACUCAUUCACUGUUGACUCGCUCGAUGACUAUCCUUCCGGAACCGUAUUCAUGCGCAUCGGCCAAAAUUCAAAGCACAAGUGGUCCUACUCUGAAGACUUUAAGUUCAAGGGUGACGGAAGUGCUAGCAGUGGCAGUGCCAGCUCUUCUUCAGGAUCAGGCUCGGGAUCAGGUUCGGAUUCAAAGCCUUCGGGACCUUCUAGCUCUGCUCCCAGCAAAGCUACUCCUACCGAUGCUACUUCUACACAGGCUCCCGCUAACAAUGGUGGUUCGGGUGAGGCUACUCCUACCGACAGCUGGCUCAACACUUCUCCUGCCGCUACCCCAACCACUCCUCCCCAGACCGAAUCAAAUACCGCCGAGUCCGACGAGGCAGCCUCAGUCCUGUCCCGCUUCUCCUCGAUAUCUUCCUCUGUUGCUGCUGCCAGAGCCACUAAUCAAUAAUUAAAUAAGAAUAGUAAUAUGUUUUUUAAUCAUAUAAUAUAAUAUAAUAUAAUAUAAUAUAAUAUAAUACCAAUAAAAUUCUGAUAUUAUAAUCAAAAAUCUAUUUUAUUUAUUUAUUUUUUACUUGAAUAAAUGAAUAAAUGUAUUUCGUCUAUCUAU